AUCAAUUCUUAGGUCUGUUAUUUGAUUCGGAACUGGUUUUCGUUUGCAUUGAUGUUCUCUGGUUCUGGUAUUGUUGUUCUAGAAAUGAAAUUAUGAAUCGAGCAUUAGGGUAGUUCUAUUUGUUAGCACGAUCUUGUUGGAUGGUUUGGUAAAACAUGUUGUUCGUGAAAUUGAAUGUUUCGGAGCUUGUGGAAUUGAAGAAUUGGAUGUGGUUUAAAAGCUUUGAAGCUGGAUCUAUAAUUUUUGGUUGACCAAGAGAGUAGUUCUCUGCUACUCCUGAUGGGUGCUCCUAAGCAGAAAUGGACAUCUGAAGAGGAAGCAGCUCUUAAAGCUGGAGUUGUCAAGCAUGGGGUUGGUAAAUGGCGUACAAUACUCAAGGAUCCAGAAUUUAGUGGUGUUUUGUAUCUGCGGUCCAAUGUGGAUCUCAAGGAUAAAUGGAGAAAUCUGAGUGUGAUGGCAAAUGGAUGGAGUUCUAGGGAAAAGUCUAGGUUGGCUAUCAGAAGGGUGCAUCAAGCCCCAAAACAUGACGAGAACCCUUUUGCUGUCGCUCCUUUUACUCCAAGUGAUGAAGAUAUUGUUGAUGUUAAGCCUAUUCAAGCUUCCAGAGAUGUGGUGCCAUUUUCUGGUCCAAAAAGGUCUAUUGUAAGAUUGGAUAACCUUAUAAUGGAGGCAAUAACUACCUUGAAGGAAACUGGUGGUUCUAAUAAGACAACUAUUGCAGCUUUCAUAGAGGACCAAUAUUGGGCACCACCUGACUUCAAAAGGUUGUUGUCAGCAAAGUUAAAGUAUUUGACAGCAUGUGGAAAGCUGAUCAAGGUAAAACGCAGAUAUAGGAUUGCACCUACGCCAGCAUAUUCUGACAGAAGAAGAAGUUCAAGCUUGUUAAUGGAUGGGAGGCAGAAAGCCUCUUUGAGAGGUGACAAGGAAGAGACCAAUGUCCUUACGAAGUCUCAGGUAGAUUUAGAAUUAGCAAAGAUAAGGUCGAUGUCUGCACAAGAGGCAGCUGCAGUUGCUGCUCGAGCAGUUGCAGAAGCAGAAGCUGCCAUAGCAGAAGCUGAAGAGGCAGCAAGAGAGGCAGAGGCAGCAGAAGCUGAUGCAGAAGCGGCACAAGCUUUUGCAGAUGCUGCUAUGAAAACACUGAAGGGUCGAAACACCCCAAAGAUGAUGAUCCAUGCUUAAUCGAAGUUGAAGAAUUGACGUGAAGAGCGAUCUACCAUGGCACUCAGUAGGACUGACAGCCAGAUACAUAUUUAUCUUCUGCUGGGCAUUGUCUAUAUCUUACACUUUUUUUUUUUUUUUUUUUUUUUGGAUCUUGAAAAUCCUUAUUGUAGAUAGAAACAUCUCUUAAAUCUUUCAUGUAAUUUCUUCAGAGCUGUUGUUCCCGUCAUUGUUGCAUAAUGGUUGAUCCAUUGUAUGCAACAUUUGUAGAAAGCAGAUUUUAGGUGUAUGGGAAUCUGUUGAUAUUUUUUCAAAUAACAUCACAGCUUUCUUAGUUCA